CACUGUUCAUGUUGCAAACAGAUUCAGAAAUAAGUUACAAAACAAAAAAGUGAAAACGAAAACCCUCUGCAGUCUCCACAGAGGUUGAGAACGUAAUGCAAGGCACAGCCUUACAAAAACCUCCCAAGUCUCCAGAAAAAUCCAUGUGAAAUAUUAAAAAAAAAAAGUGUAAAAUUAAUAUUUCAACAAAAUUUGCUGGCGACGCUACUAUACAUCCGCUGUAUAUGGUGAUGGAUCACAAGAAUCUUUCCUGAUUCAUGAACUAAACUGAAUUAUUGACCCAUUCUGAGGGUCUGAAUAAUCUCUGAACCUUAAUUGAAAUGUUACUAAUAUACAAGGGGGUGUUGACUUGUCCUGAGUAUAAUUUAUUGAAGGUAAGACCUAAGUGUUGACUUGCAUAUAAACAGACUGGAGAGAUUCAGCUUGGCUUACAGAAGAUAGGAGGCAGUUUUAUUUUGGAGAUAUUCCUAGGACAAAAGAAAAAACAAAAUCACAAAUGGAAAGGAGACAAAUGCAAAUAUAGAUCGUUGGAAGCUUUUUAAGUAAUAAAGGUUUAAUCCAAUUUUUUUUUAGAGCAUCAUGUGGUUUCCAGUGUACACAAAGUGAAGAGUGAAAAGGUAAAAAUAACACUGGCAUAGCCUUAAUAUAUUCCAGAAUUCAUAAAUCAUUUGUAAAUUUAGUCCUUUUAUAAAAGAAUCCUUAUAUAAAUCAGGGAGGGGGGGCGAGGGGGGAAUCAAUCCCAUAUAUGAAGCACAGUUUAAGCCCCACAUCACUGACCAAUCAAAAUUAGUGAAUGCACUGCAUCUCUCUGCAGUGAAGGGAAGCGACAAGGUAGGCUGUCAUUCUGCAAAAGCUGCCCAUCGCAAGCUCGCCUCUCCGAAGCUGCUCUGCUUUUUCAGAAAGCCUGAAUCUCACUGGUGUCUCUGGAGACAAGAAGCCUUCAGUAUGUUAAAUUACUUUCAUUAUGUAUUUUCAAAUGCUUAUUGAUUCUACAGUAGGAAGAGUGGGAGACUGCAGCAGCCUCUAAACCAGAACUAAAGCAGUUGUAUACAUUAGCAGUAUGCUGAAACAAUGGCACACUACAGGCACAAAUUCUCAUUAAGGUCAUUUUUCGAGGAUGUGCUUUUCACCCUCUUUCCCUUCUUCUCUGCUAACAAGUGAACAAAAUGAAUCCCUCCAACCUGGAACUGCUUCACCUGCACCGAGAAUUUAUCAAACCUGUAGCGGAGGUAAGAUCUGUUCCUUAUUAUGGUAUGCAGAAUAAGCAGCAUUUAACAAAAACGGGGGGAAAAAAAAGAGAGAAAAGAGGAAGGUAUCAGAUUCAACUUGUAUUAAGCACUAGGAUCGUGUUGUAUUUGAGUCCGGGGAAUAUCUGAAUGCUAUUUCCCCAUCCCUAUUAAAAACACAGUGUAGACAAAUGCUAUUUUGUAUGAAACUCUUGCAGAAUAUUAAGAACCUGUUUUGUUCAUACAAUAUAAAGCCAGUAUAAUUUAGGUUAAUAUAGUACAGGGGAGAAAAAAAAAAAAAAAAAACGAAAAAAACCAUGGAAUGCAACUGGGAACAUUUCUUUCCUCCCUCAGCAGUAUUUCCAAAUAUUGGCAGUUAAAUAUGUUACAGAUUUAUUCAGUUGCUCUCUAAAGGAGCCGACAGUCUGUUAAUUGGUGUACACUUACUGUUUUAUGAAGGUCAAGUAAUAUGACUAAUCUCUGACUUGCUCGUGAAAUCUCCCUUCUUUUCCCUGUUUGGUCGGUUUUUAAGACUUAUUUCUUCCACUGUAUCUCCAAAAUCAAGUUGCUUACUAGAAACACUGAUUUGCAGCACAUUUAUUUCAAGAAAUACAAUUUUAACAGUGUGCAAAUUAAACAAAAAUGUAUUUCCUACAAAGUUUAUUGACUUUACUCAAUUUCUCAUCAGCAGAUCAGAGAGCUGGAUGUAUAAAGUAGCUGCUUCUUAGAGCUGAGUGUCACAGGCACUUUACAUCCAACAGUUACUGCUUCUAGUUAGGGUUUCCUGCAACCUGCACUGUUUGCAGAAUAGGAGACUUGUGCAAAAAAAAUAAAUUCAUACAAGUCAACACAAACAUGACACGAUUUUACUAGGAAAUAAGGAACACGAUAACUGAUCGUAAGAUACAAUUCUAGACAUACUUUAUUCACCAAAUAAGUGAUAUUACAAAAUAUACCAUUGCAUUACUUUAUUUUGAAAUUCUAAGCCCUACUUUUAACCUUUUUUUCCCCCUCUCCUUCACAAGGGCAUGCAGCAACUAAUUCAGUUUUACAACUGACCGUAUGAAGAGCGCAGUUGGCCGGGUACCUUUCUAGCUGUAUGACCUACAAGCAGCAGGACUCACCACUACCAUGCAUUCUUAAGGCAUAAAGGAAUUAGAAACAAAACAUGGAGCACACUUGUAUCACCAUUUACACGUCAAGAAUAUGUGUGGAAGACUGACGCAUCUGCUCAGAUUUCAUUAGAAGAAGAAUAAGAGUGAUUCUUAAAAUGGUGAGCAUUUAUUAAAGAGGGAUUUAUAAUUUAAAAGCAGAACUGUGGAAACUACCGAUGCAUGAAGAAACAAUGAAACAUGAAUUCCCAAAAGGAGAAUAUGCAUUCUUCACCAGCAAGCUGCACAAGGGUUUAACCACGCUUUUUCUAUACUGCUCAUUAAAAAUCUUAUUUGUCAUAAUGACUAAUGGAUAUUUUUCCCUCGAUUUUAUGAUCUGUUAUGUAUUCUCCUUAAAUGAAAAUAAACCAAAUUAGGUAACUCAUGGUUACUGUCAAAGCACACGAACUGGAUUUUAUGAUGUACAGCAACUUCUUUGACUAAGCCAUCACUCAAAAGUAACGAGCAGGAAUAUUACAGAAAGAAAUGCGCAACUGUAACUAAAGGAUGUCUACAUACACUCCGAGCACAGAAGGCAGACAUUCUUUUUUCUUUUUUAAACCUGGAAAAUAAAAGCAGGCUGCUACAAAAUGCAAGAGGGGAAAGAAAUUAACAUCACCUAGAAGAAGGUUUGUCGUUGCUGGCCUGGAACUCGGCACAGACAAAGUAUCUCAGGCAACUGAAGAGUCCCCAUGUUUAAUCAAAAUUUUCUGCUGCUGAAGUGCUGGAGCAAAAAGAGGAAAAAAAAAUCUGCAAGGAAUGAAAUAAGAGCCCUGCUAGCACUUGGUUUCCAGGUGACAGUGCAUGUCAAAUAUCUGUCGGUGACACCAUGUAUCAAUUUAUGACAAGCUGCUACAAGGAGCUGAAAGACCCUUGAGGCGCAGGAAGCAGGUAGGUCACAGGCUGUGUGCCGCAGCCCCUGCUCCGCGUUGCACCGGAGCAGCACCGUGCAGAAGGGCAACGUGCCCAGUAAAUUACCUCUGCUCUGACAUUUACACUCAUACUCACCUGAAAUUAAUCAAUGCAACAAAGAGGUGAUGUUCAAUCUCUGAUUUUAUAGAUAUAGCUCAUCCGAAGUUCUCAGUUGCCACAAAAAUUUCAGAGUUCAGACUGUUGUGGGUUUUGGUUAUUUCAGUGUUUGCUUCUGUUUUGUUGCUUUGUUUUUGUUUCUUCUUAAAGCAAGAUCUGCUUUUGAUUUCCUCCUGGCUUUUACUAAUACGAAAGAGCUCACUGUACCCAGUGAUGCAUUUGGACCAGUUCUUGAAAUACAGUCAAAGCCAGGACAACACACACAGAGGAAAUCAUGUUCCUGAGGUUUAAUGUAAACCCAUCAGAAUUCGCCUAAACUGGAAAUGAAACAAAGCUUUUGAAAUAUUUGUUUCAUUUCACACACGAGUCUUAUAUGUUCUCAUUUACAUCUUUUGUAUUUAAGAGGUAAAUGUGAAAUAACUGCUGAAGCAUACCAAGACUUUUCAUCAUACAAUUUGCAAUUAAUAGCAUUGUGCAAUAGAGGCUUUUCAGAACUGCAGAUGAAAUUCAUUUGCAUACCGUAUCCCAAGUGUGCUCAAUUCAUACUUUCAUUAAAAAAGCAGCUCAGUUUUGUUCACCUUAGUGCUAUCCAUUUUUAAUGCAUUCAGAGUGGAACAAAGGUCUGCAUUUAAAUUUUGUUUCAUGCCAAGUACUUCCCCUCUUAAAUUUAAAACUACUUAUCAAACCCUCAAGUAUCACAACAAGAAACUGAACGACCUCUUAUUUAUUCAUCUCAUUACAGCCUCUAGAGCUGGCUGACAACACAAGCAAUGCAUACGCCAGGUAUUAACACAGAUGCUCUGCUUACAACCUGCUGGUGCGUGGAAACCGAAGCACGUGCAGCCACAAAAUAAACGUCCUAGAUGUAAUAAAUGCUACUUUUGGGGGCCUCACUUACUCCUGGGAUAAAUACAUUAUGGAUUUAUAUCUGUUGGAUUUAAUUUCAGUAUGUAAAAAAUCUGGAAGAGACGAUUUUACAUUUAAGUACUAUUUUAUAAAACUUAAAUCUAUUCUGGAAUAAAAUUAAAUACUCUUCCAUCAGGCACCAAUUUUUUGAAGAAACAAAAUAUUCAAAUCAGAAAGAGGAAAUGUAGCAUUUUUGUAAUGAAUUCCAUUACCUCAAACCUAUGUAAGCUUUAUGCUGGAAAUUACACAUACUUAUAUAGACUGUAGUACGAGUUUCAUACAUGUAGAUGCACACCAGAUAGAACAGAAGUCCUCAAGUUCUAUAAACAUCUGUUUAAUUGCAGAACUUCAGGUCUCAGUUUAUGACACUCUUACAAACUCUUCAUCAGGAGGCUGCUAAAUUGCUGUUAGAUAUUUUAAGUGUUCUUUCUAGGAUAAAUAAGCAACAGUGCUCUGAGUUUCUAACACUCCCUUUUUUUCCACCAGAGCCUUUUAAAAACGAUCUCCAGUACUAAUUUGUCAAUACUUAACAACAUUUUGCUGAAAUAGCACUCACCACAAUACAAAGGCAAAGCACAAGUACAGUUUAUUCAACAAAUGGGCCUUUUGUAAAGGCCACAUCACUAUAAAUAAAGCCUUGUCUCCCCUGAGUGGAAGCUUUUCAUCUUUUUUUUUUAAACAAAUCUUGCUUUUCUUUGAAAAGGAAAGACCUUAUUCUGGAUCCUCAGGUUUUUGGGUCCAUGCCAAAUACAGCUCUAAACAUACAGUAAAUUAAGAGUUUGUUAGGAAUGGAUGCGUUUCCUCUAUCCUCCUUUCCCAUCGUUUUUCUAAAAUAACAGAAAGUGUUAAAAAAAGAAAUCAAGUAGUUCCAUGUUUAUUUCACCUUUCAGGAGAAAAAGCAACUGCAACAAAAGAAUGUGUUUCUCCCCCAUUCUGGAAGGCAACAUGCAGUUUGAAUCUAACUUCACAGUUCGAGAUGCCAUUGAUGACAUCGACACCAACAUGUACCGACCACUGUCAUACGCAUUAAGCUUUCAAGUGUCUCUCACUGGAUUUUUGAUGUUAGAAAUCGUUUUGGGACUUGGCAGCAACCUCACCGUGCUGGUACUUUACUGUAUGAAAUCCAACUUAAUCAAUUCUGUCAGUAACAUAAUUACAAUGAACCUUCACGUUCUUGAUGUAAUAAUUUGUGUGGGAUGUAUUCCUCUAACUAUAGUUAUCCUUCUGCUUUCACUGGAGAGUAACACUGCUCUGAUCUGCUGCUUCCACGAGGCUUGUGUCUCUUUUGCAAGCGUUUCGACCGCAAUCAAUGUCUUUGCUAUCACUCUGGACCGAUACGACAUCUCUGUCAAACCUGCCAACCGAAUUCUGACCAUGGGAAGGGCUGUGAUACUAAUGACAUCAAUAUGGAUCAUUUCGCUUUUUGCCUUCCUGAUUCCGUUCAUUGAAGUCAAUUUCUUCAGUCUUCAAAGCGCAAGUACUUGGGAGAACAAGACACUGCUGUGUGUCAGUGCAAACGAGUACCACACCGAGCUAGGGAUGUACUACCACCUCCUCGUCCAGAUCCCAAUCUUCUUCUUCACCGUGGUAGUGAUGCUAAUCACGUACACCAAAAUACUCCAGGCUCUUAACAUCCGAAUCGGCACAAGAUUUACAACGGGACAAAAGAAGAAAGCUAGAAAGAAAAAGACGAUUUCUCUCACCACGCAGCACGAGACCACAGACAUGUCGCAGAGCAGCGCAGGAAGAAACGUGGUCUUUGGCGUAAGGACUUCUGUGUCUGUGAUCAUUGCCCUGCGCCGAGCCGUGAAGCGGCACCGGGAGCGGCGAGAGCGGCAGAAGAGAGUCUUCAGAAUGUCCCUCCUCAUCAUCUCCACCUUUCUGCUCUGCUGGACGCCCAUCUCCGUUCUAAACACCACAAUCUUGUGUUUGGGCCCAAGUGACCUUCUGGUAAAGUUGCGCUUAUGUUUUCUAGUCAUGGCAUACGGAACAACUAUUUUUCACCCUCUACUUUAUGCAUUCACGAGGCAAAAAUUUCAGAAAGUUCUGAAAAGUAAGAUGAAAAAACGAGUUGUUUCAAUCGUGGAAGCAGAUCCCAUGCCAAAUAACGCUGUCAUACACAACUCAUGGAUAGAGCCUAAAAGGAACAAAAAGAUCACCUUCGAAGACAACGAAGUAAGGCAGAAAUGCUUAGUACCUCAGGUUGUCACUGACUAGACUUCAGUAUUCACCAAAACACAUCGAGGAACAUUUGAACAAGCCGUAGAGAAAUACUGCCAAAUAAGAAAAACAUUUUUUAACUAUUGGCUAGACUGUACAUUUUCCAAUAUCUGUGUUAAAUAGAGUAGGUCUUGUAUAUUCGAUUUCUUCAUUAUGUAAGAUAUCUGUUGCAUGGCUGUUUGUUAGCGUAACACCAUGUGUAUAUUUGUCAGAAAUACUCAAGUCCUCUUUUUUAGAAAAUAAAUAGCC